ACAAAAAAUAUACCCGCCUUCUCGAAUGGCGGGUCAGAAUCUAGUUUAACUAUUAUUUUAAUACUGAUCAUAUUUUUAAAAUUAUUAAAAUUUGAGAAAUUGCUCUUAGCAACAAAACAAAAUUUUGGAAAAUUAUGGUCAACGUAACCCCAGACGCACUUCAUAGUGCUGACUCCAUCGAGUAGAUAUGUGCCGCCACAUGGCGACGACCAAACCCACAAAAGCGAAAUCAUUAGGCUCUCGAGUGUUUGUUGAAUGGUGAGAUGUGGAUGAGACUUGAGAGAGUAUAGUUGGGGUAGAGGUUUUGAUUCUUUCGUUCCCACUCCAUCGCAAACUUUGGCUUAUAGAAAAAAGAAAAAUAAACUUACCUAAUUAAUAAAGAAAAGGAGGAACGUCAUACUAUAUACAAACGUUACACCAAAUGUAAUAAAUACUUUUAUAAGAAAAAUAUGAAAAUGAAGUUGAAUGAAAGAGUAGUCGAACCACUACUAAGUAAUUGCUUCAGAGUGCCGUCUCUCUUUCUCUUUCAACGACGGUUUGAUCGAUUCAUUCAGAAGAUUGACACCUUUCAUCAUCUAAAUAUAUGAUUAAAAGACUGCCGUACAGAGCUGGAUGACCUCAUGGCUUAAGCCACGCAAAGAGACUACCUCACCUCUUCUUUAACUUGUUAUAUAUUUCUUCCAUUUCGUAAACAAAAAUUUUAAACAUUUUUGAGAGAGAAGAAAAGUAACAAUGAGAAGCUUCUUCUUCAUCCUACGUUGUUGCUUCUUGUUAUUCUCCUUCUUCUUGUUCGACCUAGCGUUUGCAGCUGGAGGGAAGAUAUGGAGCCGAACAGAGAUGGUGGAGAUGGCUGGUUACGGUGAGCAGAAACUUUCCUCGGUGAUCAUCACCGGGUCUCUUCUCUGCGACACUUCAUCUCCUCAUCACUUUCACUCCAUAGCUAUCCCAGGUGCUACAGUUGCCAUCAAGUGUCACACUGGAUUCAAAAGGCGAUCAAGAUGGAUUAAGGCUGUUACUGAUGAUCUGGGAGAGUUUGAAAUCGAUCUUCCUUCCCAACUCCACGCAGUUGAAGACCUUGAAAACACAUGUGUCGUCAAGCCAAUACAUGUGCCUGAGCUCUAUGGAUGCUAUCACAACUCGAGAAAUAAUACACACAAACGCAUCAAACUUUUUUCCUCUACCAACAGCAUCCGUGUCUACAAAACAGGGAAGAUCAGGUUACAGCGCCACAGUUCGAAGUCAUAGCAAGCUGCGACAUUUUCAACAAAAGAUCUAUAAGAAACAACAGAUUCUUGAAGUUCCAUCUAGUAAGAAUCGUAUGUUAUAAAAUGAGAGCAGGGCAGAGGAAAGAGAGACUCUGCAGCCUGCUUGAAUCCCUACUUGGGCCAAACAGAUUGUCUUAAGGUUUUAUAACAUGGCCCAGUUGGCCUUUUUGGGAUGCAUAAAUACCUACCUUUUAUUAACGAGGCUUUUCAUUAAAUUAAAAUGGUGAGCCCACUAUAGUGUUCAUCCUCUUCACUUUCUAAAAUUGAGCAUGUGAUUGUUUUUAUGACAUAUUUUUAUUCCCGAUUUAGUAAGUCUGCU